AUGGGGACGUUGGAAGAACAGAUGAAGGCGUUAAAGCGACAGCAGGCAGAGGUGCAGGCGUGGGAGGAGGAGGUGAUAAAGAGAAUAGGGGCAGUUGAGAAGCGGGAGUGGGAUGUUGCGAGGAAGGAGAAAGAGAUUGAGGCAAAGAUGAUGGAGAUGAAGGAACGGAAGGGGGAUGAGGGUGUGAAGGAGUGGGAAAGGGAGGGGGAAGAGGAAGAGGCAGAAUUGGGAGGGUUCAUGAGAGUGAGUUCGAGAAGAGAGGAAAGGGCUGGUUUGGGGGGAGCUAGUAACGCAAAGGGCUCGGAAGUGACUAUGAAGGAUGUGACAGCAGACAAAUCGCAGACGAACAGCAGUGCUACUGUUGAGAUCAUGAAGGGCGUGACUCUAGUGAAAGCGGGGAAAGGAAAGUCAGGAGCAGGAGCAGCAGCAAGAGCAGGAGGAAGAGAAGGGGCUGGGGGUGGUGGUGGCAGGGGCGUGCGGCAUGAUGUGAUGGAAGCACUUCAGAUGCUGAAGCUGGGUGUGAGAGCGUUGCAGGAGAACGUUGAGACGGUGCUGCACACUGAAAGCAGAGUGGAAGCGCAUCAGAUGCUGAAGCUGGGUCUGAGAGCGUUGCAGGAGAACGUUGAGACGGUGCUGCACACUGAAAGCAGCCCAUACCCUCAUGGCCUCAACACAACACGGGUGCAGCAUUCCUGCACUGAUGACACUAACCCUCCCCUUUCCCUGUUCCCUUCCCAGCCUAUAUCCUCAUGCCUUCAGCACGGGUGCAUUGUAGCGUCCCGUCACCAGUGGCACUACCCUUCUCCUUUCUGUGCGUCUUCCUCCCGUUUACCUAUUCUCCGUCCCCCCGUCCUCCCAGCCUCCACCCUCACGCCUUCAACGCGAGUGCAGCAUUCCUGCACCUCCCACUGGGCUCUAGGCCUCCACCCGCACGCCUUCAACGCGAGUGCAGCAUUUCUGCACCUCCCACCUGGCUCCACUGAAACUGCCACACCACCAGCAGCAGCGGGAGCAGCUGCAAAAGCAGCAGCAGCAGCAGCAGCAGCAACGGCAGCAGCAGCAGCAGCAGCAGGGCCAGAAGGAUCCCAUGCAGCAGCGGCUGCAGCCCCCAAGGCUCCAGAACCCCCGAAGCAGUUUGUGCGGCCGGCAGUGGAGAGGCCGCUGGUGAUAGCAGGCAUGGUGUAUAACCGCGUGUUUGAUGGGGACUACACUCGCUUCUGGGCGCUGCAUGUGUGGCAGUGGUUGGAGUACCAUCGCUAUGCAGGAGUGACUAAGUUCUAUUGGUACGACGAGGCCAGGAGCACCGAUGAGGACCAGGACGUGGUGCUAGCUCCCUACAUUGAUGCCGGCCUGGUGGUAUACCACCGCGUGCGGGAACUGCCCUUCGUUGGAGGAAAUUUCACGGAAUACCUGGAGAGAAUGUUUCGGUGCAAGCAGGGUGCUGCUUACAACCACUGGGUGAAGCAAUAUGCAUCCGAAGUGCACUGGGCCUUCCACACCAAUAUAGGUGACCUUUUCCCUUCUUCCACAUCAGAAAUUUACUCUCUCCCUUCCCCUCUCACCCUCUUCCCUUCUCGCUUCCCAUCCGCCCAGCACUAUGCAUCGGAGGUGCACUGGGCUUUCCACACCGAUAUCGACGAGUAUUUCUUUUCCCCGGCCGGCACGCCGCCCGGCUUUCUUCGUCACUACCUGCAGACACUGCCAAAUACGACAAUACAGGUUCUGGUCCAGAACAUGUUCUUCCUGGGGGAUCCAAUAGGUCCCGAUACCGACACUCUAUUAGAGCGCUACACCCUGCGCAUGCCAAAUUCUUCCGAGCGCCACCGCACUAAACCCAUUGGAUGGCUGCCUCUUGCAGUCAACCUCACAGACGACUGCAUUAACCCCCACGAGUGGCCUAUGCUGGAGAAUGGCCCGCCGCGAUUGGUCGAUACGGAGAUCUUGAGGCUGAAUCACUACUGGGGAGACCGCGCUGGGGUGAUUUCAGACAUUACCCCGGUUUAUACGAUGGAUGUUACGAUGAUGGACGAGUAUGGAGACGGGCUUGUGAAGGAUGAUUCGGCCAAGCCCAUGGGAGUGUGGCUGCGGCAGCGCAUGCAGGUGGCAUGGGCAUUCAUAUCAGCACAGGCGGUUCACAAGGAGAGGGAGCGACUCAGGAAACGUGUGGCUGAGGCUGCAGUGGCUGUGGCACCCGCUGUCCCGGUUGGUGCUGCUGAUUCUACCGGAGGUGCUGCUGAUUCUACCAGAGGUGUUGCUAAUGCCGCCAGGGGCACAAGCACCAGAGAAGCUAGAAGAGCCGAUUCUCUGCCUGCAGUGGCUGUGGCACCCCCUGCACAUGAUGCUGCUGACGUUGGGACUCGCAAAACGUCGUCUUCGCUGGAGUUGGGUGCAGGACGAGGUGAUGAGAGGAGUGAUGUGAGGGUUGGAGUUUCAGCAGCUGUAACAGCUGUGGUUGAUGAGAGUAGGAAUGGGUAUGAGAAAGGGAAGAUGAGUGCUACGGGGAUGUCAGCUGGUGGUGCUGCUACUGGAUUUAGUGGUGGUGGUGAGAGUAGAGGAAUAGCGGCUAAUGAAGCGGGUUAUGAUGCAAGAAAAAUGAGAUUGGGUCAACAACACGAGCUAUUGCAUGGAGAACGGACAGAUGACAGUUUUUUCAAGGAAGAUUGA